GUUUUUUUUUCCACCCUGCUAGCUUAUUUAACUUCAAGGCAUUCCCACUAGAUAUUCCCAGAGAAAAAAAAUACAAAUAAUUUUCUUAUACUCUUAAGAAAACUGAUCUCUAUUACUUGUUAUCGAAUGCCUCUGUGUGUAGCAAGUUUGAACUUACUGCGCUGACUCUUUUACCCAAAGUUGUUUACCCUAAUUUUACACUCAAGUGGGACAUGAUCACACGUUGUUGACUUUUUUAAAAUCACAGCAAUCCACCCACUAUCAAUUUACCACACGCACGCACUAGUGAAUUCCUUUGUACAACCAAGGACUUCCAACAGCACCAUUUCAACGAUAAUAUCUUCGGAUAGAAACCAUCACUCUUAGUUAGACCAUGUCUGACUCUGAAAGUCACCGCUCUGCAUCUCUUUCGAGGGAUAUCAUCCACAGAGCUUCAAGAACAGACGAAGUCUUGAAUGAUCACCGGAACCAACCUGCUUCCUUACCCAUUAGAAUGGCUCCCAACAUCUCUUCAGAUGAAGAUGAGUAUGCAGUUGAAAGUGACGAAAAUCAAGCCUUGGAAAUUACUCCUUCUUCCAAAAGAUUUCCUAAACCUGAAGUGGAAGAAGGUGAACAAUCUUCAAGAGGUCAACAGAAUGUACGUUCUUCGAGAUUAUCUGAUCCUCGUCAAUCUGGUAUCUCAUCUGGUAGUAAGCACUACAACACCAAGUCUCUUCGCACCGACUAUUAUGCUCAGGAUGAUGAAGAUCCUCUUGGCGAGGGAACCAUUCCCAUUGUCAAAGGUGCAGGUGGCUCUUUAGCGGCAGCUGCAAGAAAGGGUAGAUCUAGAUCUAGAUCCCAUUCUUUCACUGAACAAGUGAAGGCAUUGCAAAACCCAACCACGGCCAAGCAUUUCAAUGUUCCUAGCGGAGGAGGGGUUAGUGGUGGGCCCGGAUCUGGCGCUUCGACUGGAAACACUCCCGGCAUUUUGAUGAAUGCUCCAUCCAGCAGUGGUCAAAAGAAGCAAAAGCCCCCUCAUCAAAGACAAAGAAAGGGGUCCGUAGCAAUGGAACAUUUGGACUCUGAUAUAGUUUCACCUAUGACUAAAAUUAAGACAAAUGAGAGUGGUAACUCUGAAAAUGUUGUCUAUACCAAGAGGGAAAGAAGAGCAUCCAGAUCAUCUAUUGAUUCAGAUGCAGACUCUCAUGCUUCUAGAUCUUCUCAAGAAACAGAAGAAGAUGUUUGUUUCCCAAUGUUACGUGAACAUGUGAGAAUCAAAGGGAUUGAUUUUGAUGAAAUUGAAGAAUUCAUUAAAGCGGAAAGAGAAGAAGAAGAAUUCAUGAAGGAACAGCAGUAUAUGAUUGCUCAAAAAACUGCUCUGAGAUUCAAUGGUACUGGUAAUCAAAGAGGUACUAAUGGGGGACCACCAAGACCACUGACCAGUGCCAUGAAAUAUACUCCUAAGAAUAUUCUCAGAAGAACUACGACUGGUUUGAGUAAGAUUACUUCUAGAAGAACUGAAUCUGAAUCCUAUCAUGACCCAUCUAUUAUUGGUGGUGCCAGUGUUCCUGAUGUUGGUUCUCCUUACCCUCCUCUUGAGAAAACUUCGGAUUCAUCAACUAUUCAAGACGAAUCUCCUGAUGAAAAGGCUCAUAACUCGAUUAAUUUCCAUGGACAUGAAGAUGAUUCAUCUUCAGAAAAUGUGAAAUUCGGAGGUACUAGAGUCAAUGAUGGUUCAUCCUCAUUACCAGACCGGUUUUCCUUUUUCAGUUCCGAAUCUGAUGAAACCAUCCAUGCUCCAGAUAUCCCAUCUUUGGUUGGACCCAAUCAAAGUGUCCGUGAAUUAUUUCAUAGUGGCGAGGGAACUUGGUGGUUAGAUUGCAGUUGUCCUACUGACGCAGAGAUGAAGAUGAUUGCCAAGGCUUUUGGUAUCCAUCCUUUGACUGCUGAAGAUAUUCGUAUGCAAGAAACCAGAGAAAAAGUUGAAUUGUUUAGAAGUUAUUACUUUGUUUGUUUCCAUACCUUUGAACCAGAUAAGGAAUCUGAAGAAUAUUUGGAGCCUAUUAAUGUUUAUAUUGUGGUCUUUAGGGAUGGGAUCUUAUCAUUCCAUUUUUCUCCCAUUUUACAUCCUGCUAAUGUGAGAAGAAGAGUAAGACAAUUGAGAGACUAUGUUGAUGUAAGUGCAGAUUGGUUAUGUUAUGCCCUUAUUGAUGACAUUACUGAUGGUUUCGCACCAGUUAUUACUGGUAUUGAAUAUGAAGCCGAUGCUAUUGAAGACUCCGUGUUUGUCGCAAGAGAACUUGAUUUCAGUAAUAUGUUGAGAAGAAUUGGUGAAUCCAGAAGAAAAGUAAUGACAUUAAUGAGACUUCUUUCUGGUAAAGCUGAUGUUAUCAAGAUGUUUGCCAAGAGAUGUCAAGAUGAAGCAGUUCAAUCAUCUACAAUUUAUGGUUCUGCUUCUCAUUCAAACUUAUCAAACAUGGAUGGAAUGGGCGGUCAUUCACUGGUACCACAUUAUCCAAAUUCUGGACCACCUGUUGUGGGCGCUGGUGUUUCAUUUGGUCCUACCCGCAGUACUGGCGGUCUGAACUUUCAUCAAUCAACCUAUUCUCAUCCUAUUAGUAGAGCACAACCAAGGGCAGAUAUUGCAUUAUAUUUGGGUGAUAUUCAAGAUCACGUGGUUACUAUGUUUCAAAAUUUACUUGCUUAUGAAAAGAUUUUCAGUAGAUCUCAUGCUAAUUACUUGGCUCAAUUACAAGUUGAAUCGUUUAAUUCGAACAAUAAAGUUACACAAAUGUUGUCCAAGGUUACAUUGAUCGGUACCAUGAUUGUUCCAUUGAACGUCAUUACUGGUUUGUUUGGUAUGAAUGUCAAAGUUCCAGGUCAGGAUGGUAGCGAUUUGAAAUGGUUCUUUGGAAUUGUUGGAGUAAUGGUAUUUCUUGUGAUUAUGUCAUUAUUUUUCGCCAAAUUUUGGCUUCGUGAUCUUGAUACACCUCCUCCAAGACCAGGAAGUUCAUCCCGUUCAAUUAAGAGUUUAGGACUUCGUACUCGUACAAAGGAGGCAGCAAAGUCUAUAAUUAGUUUCCCUAACAAGUAUGAUUAA